AUGGAGAGGAAGCACAUGGGCAUGAAUGACAUCCUCCCUCUGGAGCUCAUUCACCGAAUCCUUCUAAGGGUACCCGCCGGAGACCUGUUUCGCCUCAGAUUCAUUUCAAAACUUUGGCACUCUCUCAUAUCCCAUCCAGACUUUGCGGAAUCACAUUACGACCUCAACUCUGCCACAUCUUCCCAUUCGCACUUCUUCUUGCUAAAAGAUGACACUAAUGCUUGGUGUGUUCAGCUCGACACGCUAUUUGAUGUUGCAGCAGCACCAACAACACACAAAGAGGUAUCUCUCCCUUCCAGGGAGAUGCCAUCAUUCUCAUGUUCUCUUUUUCGUACCAUGGGAUCCUGCAGAGGCUUUGUUCUCUUAGACAAAAAACUAGAUUUUCUUGUUAUAUGGAACCCAUUGACUGGAUCCAGCAAAACAAUAUCUUACUCUCAUAUUAAGGUCCCGCGCUAUGAUCUAAUUCGAUAUGGAUUUGGUUUCGAUGCAUCACGAGAUGAUUAUUUAAUAGUUCUAUCUUGGCACGAUGACUACAACCAACACCGCUUAGUUUGCUUUUCGUUGAGAACCAAUUCAUGGAUUAAUCUCGAUGCAUCACUCCCCAAAUACAUGAGUAGGUGGAAGUAUCAACUUUUUGGGUGGUUCUUACAUGGCGCUAUUCAUUGGUUGUGUUACUCUAGAGAUUACAUUGAUGAUGGUAUUCUUAUCUUUGAUUUGAAGGAAAGGAGUUUCUCCAAGAUAUCUAUGCCACAACAACUCGUAGGGGAUUAUCCCAUCACUUUCACUCUCACCAUAUUAGGAGGGUGCCUAGCCUUGUAUUUGUAUGACCAUGACAACCAUAAAACUGAGAUAUGGGUUAUGAAAGAAUAUAAAGUGCCGUCAUCUUGGAUUUUAAUGUAUGAGAUUCCUUAUGGUAACAAUGUGCCUAUAUGCAUGUCCAAUGGAAGUGACAUUAUUGCGCUAAAUUAUACUCCCCGGUAUUACUGGUUAAGAUUUGUCAAAUAUAACGUCAGUGGAGAGCUUCUAAAUUAUUCUCCUCGACCUCUUUUUGAAUCUGAUUACUUCUAUAGAAGUUUCUGUGUAUACACAGAGAGUCUCUUUCCAUUCCCCGGUGACAAUAAGGAUAGGGAUAAGAAGAACAAAACUGGUAUGUAA